AUGCUCAAAACAAUUUCAUAUAUUAAUCAACUUAUGCUACUUGCAAUUUCCAUAUGUCAUGUCCUUUUAUUUGCUGUUUACCACGAUCAAUGUCCAGCAUCACCUUAUUUAUCAACUACAUUAGGUAUAACUGGUAUAAUAGGUAUUAUUUUAAGUACAAUGGCUUUAAUAAUCCAUCGUUAUGAUGCUUAUGAUGGACCAAAUAAAUGGAAUCUAUUUUUAACAUUUUUUUUAUUGAUCUAUUUAAUUAUAUCUAGAAUUAUUAUAAGUAUCAUGGCAUUUCGUCUUGCAUCUCGAAUACCACCAGAAAUUCAUUGUGCUGUUAUAUUAUAUUGGGCAUCAACAUUAUUAAUCCUGAUUUCUUAUAGUAUGAUUAUAAUUAAUUUUUGUCUUCUAAUUAAAAUGAUUCUAUUACACAAAAGACAUCAAUAUUAUCGUAAAUCUAUUGAUAUAAGAAUUGCUAUGGCGCAAUCUUAA